CGCCGGAAUUUCACCCCAUGUGCGUUGACCAUAAUCUCCCACCCUUGGUUGACGCAGAUCACAAUAUUAUUAACAUUAACCAUUACAACAAUCCGUUCGACACACACCCUUUAUCUCUCCAAGCUCUAGAGUCCCAAAAUAUUCAGGAUCACAUACCACAAUUUGAUGAAUCAACCGAUUCAAAGUCAAACUCAAACGCAAAGUCAAAGUCAGUAAAUACAGUGUUAAGUUCUACGACCUCCUUGGAGCUCCUGAGCCGAUACAGGAGCAAGUUCAUCAGUUCAAAAGAAGUUUCGAUUGACGAAGUAGGGACGGAUAGUGUGGGAACACUGUCCACGGUGGAAAUUAUCAAUUUGGCAGCUGAGAAGUUUAUAAGUUUUUCGGCGAAUAAAGCGAAUGGAUACACGAUGUUUACGCACCCGUAUGGGUCUUCGGCGUUUACUAGGUUAUCGAUGGAUGAGAUUAGAGAGGUGGAGCUUGUUUUCCAGCUUUUGACUGCUGCUGAGAAAGUUGGCAAGAAACAGUUUGAAAUUGCUAGUAAGUUUUUGGUACGGUGUGGGUGGGUGGCGUCGGAUGAUGGUUCUCCGGUGGAACGACUGGUGUUUCAUUUGUGUGAUGCUCUACAAGAAAGAAUUGGGAAAGAAACCGGAAUGCCUGCUCCUAAGAAACCAAAAAAAUUCGAUCAAAAGAAUGAAAAUCCUUUGGCACUAGGAGCUAAUCCAUCAUUCUUGGCAUCUCACCAAACCCUUCCAUUCACUCAAGUUUGGCAACUUUGUGGCAUACAAGCAAUCAUUGAUCAAGUAGGGACAUCAAGCAAGGUCCACUUGAUCGACAUCCACAUUCGUAGCGGUAUACAAUGGACGGCUUUGAUUCAAGCAUUGUCAGAACGAAAAUCAGAAAUCGAACUUCUAAAAAUAACCGCCUUUGCAACAUCCUCGGAUAUCCAAAAGGUAGGGGAAACCGGAAAAAGAUUAGAGUGUUUUGCAAAAACAUUGAGUUUACCCUUUGUGUUUAAAAUACUCGUGUUAUCCGACAUUACGGAGGUGAAAGAAGAACAAUUCGAUGUUCAAGAUGGUGAAGCGGUUGCGGUCUAUUGUCAAGUAAUACUAAGAACAAUGAUCUCAAGGCCCCAAAGUCUCGAAAAUUUGAUGAGAGCAAUUCGAAAAAUCAAUCCUUUGGUUAUUGUUGUGGCUGAGGUUGAAGCCAAUCAUAAUUCUACGUCUUUUGUGAACCGGUUUACUGAGGCAUUAUUUUUUUACGGUGCUUUUUUCGAUUGUUUGGAAGCAUGUAUGUGCCGCGAUGAUGUUCAUAGAGGCAUAUUGGAAGGUGUUCAUUUUGCUGACGGGAUGAAAAACAUUGUCGCAUGUGAGGGUGACGAGCGGGUUAGUAGAAGUGUAAAUAUAAACACAUGGAGGUUAUUUUUCAAGCGGUUUGGGAUGGUGGAGAUCGAGUUAAGCGAUUCGUGCAUGUAUCAGGCUAACCUCGUGUUGCAACAAUUUUCGUGUGCGAGUUCUUGCACGCUCCAAAAUAACGGCAAGUGUUUGAUUAUUGGGUGGAAAGGAACUCCAUUGCAAUCUCUUUCGACAUGGAAAUUUGUUCAGGAAUGAUGAUCACGAAAACAUGUUUGUUGAUUAAAGUCGUGUGAAGAUCUUUUUUUUUUUGUGUAAACUUUAUUUCCUGUCUAGAGAAUCUAAGCAGAUGGCUUAAACCAAUGUAGUGUGAAGAUAUUGUGAGUUUUGGGCCUUAGUCCACAAGAUAAAUAAGACACAGCCCACCAAUUGUAUGGGCGUGCACUUUAAUAAAAACAUUAAUUGCACACCGAAA